AUGCUCUGGGGCGAAAUUCCAUAUUCUCUAUGCGAGUUCGUCCAUGUUCAGAGAGACGAUGCCAGUUCAAAAGUCAGAAAUCAGGUGGACCUGUUACCUGGUCGAUGUGACGUCACAAAUCUGCGAGGCCCCGUCUACUCUCCCCUAAGUGGUGCGAAGGUCGGAGAGAGUAUUGUGUUCUUCCCCGAGAAUCGAGAGAUAUUCUAUGGGUCACGGUGUGAAACUGCGGUCAUAGAGCUUCCCUUGACGCCUCCACCGUCGCCUCCUGGGUCGCCGUUCGCGCCCUCGCCAGCGCCUCCCUGUGCCCCGGUCCCUCCUCCCACGCCCGCGCCCGCCCCUUCCCCAGCUCCUCUUCAAUGCAGGGUCUCCUCAGUCGCCCAUGAUAUCAUCCCGAUGCGCCCUUCCUCUCCUCCCGCGGUUCUCGUGGCCAUUUUAACUACGCCUCCUGCAGCUCCUCCUUCGCCCACGCCCUCCAACGCCCUUCCUCCUUCGCUGGCUUCAGGAGAGCUCCUUCCCUCCCGAAGGACGCCUCCACAGCUUCCCGCAACACCGUCUUCAAAGCGCUGUUGCAUGUCUCCGGCGGACGCGGCCGCCGUCGUCAACCUGGUGGCGAUGUUGAUGUUGUUCGUGGCUAUUAUGAUAUUUCUCAAGAAAAUCUACGGCUGA